AUGUGGACUCUUACAGAGCAUAACGAAAGCUGGGUUUCUGAAUUUGUUCUGCUUGGCUUCUCCGGUGAGCCCCUGACCAACAGGAUCCUCUUCAUUGCCUUUCUUCUCCUCUACUUGAGCUCAGUCCUGGGAAACGGGCUCAUCAUGACCCUGAUCUUCCUAGACCUGCAUCUCCACACACCUAUGUACUUCUUCCUCUGCAUCCUCUCCUUACUGGAUAUAAGCGCCAUUACCACCACUAUGCCUCAGAUGUUGGUGCAUCUGCUGUCUUACUCUAAGACCAUCACUUUUGCUGGCUGUUGGCUGCAGAUGUAUGUGUUUGGUGCCCUAGGCCUGACUGAGUGCAUCUUUUUUGUAGUCAUGGCUUAUGACCGAUAUGUGGCCAUUUACUACCCACUGCGUUAUAUGGUCAUCCUCAACUGGGGCCUGUGUACACAGCUGGCAGCUGGGACAUUGGUUUGUGGUUUUGCCUUCUCACUGGUCCAUACUUAUCUCACCAUGAGAUUGCCAUAUUGUGGGCCCAAUGUGGUCAACCACUACUUCUGUGAAGGCCCCUCUGUGCGGAGCUUGGCUUGCAUGGAUACCCACCUCAUUGAAUUGGUGGACCAGGUCAUCAGUGUCUUUAUGAUCGUAAUUCCUGUAUCUCUCAUUGUGGCUUCCUAUGUUCGCAUUGCCAUGGCUAUUCUCAAAAUCAAGUCCACCCAGGGACGCUGUAAGACAUUUUCCACCUGUGCCUCCCACCUGACCAUGGUCACAUUCUACUAUGUUCCAGCCACUUACAUCUACAUGAGGCCCAGCUCCAGCUAUUCCCCUGAGCAAGACAAGCAGCUCUCCCUCUUUUACAAUGUUUUCACUGUCCUGCUUAACCCAGUGGUCUAUAGCCUGAGGAACAAGGAUAUUAAGGAAGCUUUUUUCAAGACCGUGGGUUGUGGAAAUGUUGCCUAG